AUGGCCUUGGGUGGUGUUCUCUUCACCAUAGGCCUGUUCUGGUUCGGUUGGACCGCUGAUCCAUCCAUUCCAUGGCCUUCUUGCGUCGUUGCAGCAGCAUUCAUCGGAGCAGGCUUCAACAUCAUCUUCCAACAAUGCAUCAACUUUCUAGUUGACACAUAUACGCUCUACGCUGCGUCUGCAGUCUCGGCCAAUACAUUCUUGCGCAGCUUAAUCGCAGGGGGUCUUCCACUUGCUGCCAGGCCGAUGUUCAACAAUCUGGGCGUUGGACCUGCGAUGAGCAUUCUUGGCGCAGUUGCUGCAUUAGCACUGCCUGUGCCAUUUAUCUUCAUGAAAUAUGGAUUGAAGCUCAGGAAGUUGUCAAAGUUCGCUCCAGUACACGAAGACUGA